AUGUUCAAGGAAAUAUCGAAUUUUUUUUUUAAUUACAGGAUCAUCAUUAUUUUUCAGGUAAAUCAAGAAAUUUUUCCUGUUGCCUCAUAUUCUUAUUUUGCGGCAUUAGUUGUUAUAUUUUGAGUAACAGAUUUUGUACGAUAUAAGCCUGUCAUUAUUUUGUAUGGUUUCUCUGAUGCUAUCACAUUUAUUUUGAUAAUGUUUGAAAAAGAAAUGUUGACUAUGCAAAGUGUGGAAUUCUUCUAUGGCCUGUUUUUAUCUACAGAAGUGGCUUAUUGUACAUUUAUGCUAAAACAUAAUAUUUAUGCUAAAGUUGACAGCGAACAUUAUCAGGAAGUAAUUAGUUAUACAAAAGCAGCAUCUCCUUUUGGUCAUUGUAUGUCUGGUAUUGUUGCACAAUUCACAGUCUCUUUUGAUGUAUAUAUUAGAUUAAAUUAUAUUACAGUAUCAGGUAUUUAUUAAAACAAUAAUUUUUAUCUGAUAUGGGCAUAUUUUUUACGUUCUGUUUGUCAGUCCAUUUAUUUUCAUAAAGAAAAUGAAAAUUAUGAAAACCGUGAUUCUUUAACUAAUAAUGAAAUGAUAGUAUCACAGUCAUACAAUUUAAAUGAAUUAUUAUAUAGACCAGAACAGGACUAUAACAGCAAUUCUCCCAGUACAAAUGUUUCAUUGAUACGUAAAAUAAAACAGGCUUAUAUUCUAUCAUGGAAAGAUUUUUUGCAAGCAUAUUCAAAUAGUCAUGUUGAAAAAUGGUCAAUAUGGUGGUCAUUUUCCACUUCUGGAUAUUUACAAAUUAUCAGUUAUAUACAAUUACUUUGGUAAACUGGUGUAUCAUAUGGAGAUAAGAUUUAUAACGGAGCUGUAAAUUCUUUAUACACUAUCAUAUAGGUGAGCAAAUAUCUUGUAUGACUAAAUGUGAAAGGUUUCAUCACGAAUGGUACAUUUCUUGCAAACACCAAGAAAUAGGUUUUUUGCUGCAACAAUAGUUAUUAAC